AUGGACAAGAUCAUCGACGCCCGCUUUGAGCGUGUUGAGAAGGCUCUUGCCAGUCUCAUCGAGUCGGUCUCAAAGUAUCAUCCUCACGCGAAGCAGGCAUUGGACCUACACGAAGCGGACAAUGAUCUCGCAAGAGGCCUAGACGAGGUUGAGGCCCAUCAAAACAACUACCUCCAUCUCCAGCACCUUCGCGCGACCACCGCUUCCCUCGACUCCCAGAUUAGGGAGACCCUCUCUAGUCUCGCGACGACGCGCAAGGACAUCACUACCACCCAGAUCACAAUCUACCCAGGCGGCCCCAAGUAUCCCGUCAAGUACGACGAACUCCUCAACUACGCCCGUCGCAUCAGCAAGACCACCCUUCCCCCGGCCGCUGUCACAAAUGGCAUUCCCACAGCGGGCAGUACACCAGCCCCGGACCCGAACGCGAGCAUGACGACAGUCAACACCCCCGGCGCGAACGGCAUGCAGAGCCAACCCGUCAGCGCCGCCCCGACCCCGAGCCAGACUCAGACCCCCGACCCUUCGGGCGCCCUCAACGGUGGCGCCAGCUCGGGUGAUCUCGCCGCGACGCAGCAGACCGCGACCAGCGGCGCGACCUCGCUGCCCGACGGCCUGCGCAACCACCUCGACCCCCACUUCAACGCGAGCUUCAUCCCCUGGCCGAACGAGUUCCAGAUCCGCAGCGGCGCCAUGGCCGUGUACCAGGAUCUCGAGGACAAGGGCAUCGAUCCUCGGGGAUACGACCCGCAGCAGAUCGCCGAGGCGAAGCGCAAGGAAGAGGAGGAGCGCAAGGCCCGCGAGGAGCAGGAGCGUCUCGAGCUCGAGAGGAAGCACCGCGAGUACCAGGAGAAGAUGGAGAAGAUCCGCCGCGAGCAGCAAGAGGCGUACAGGCGCGACAGCAUGGCCGUGGGCAGCGCCGGUGCGUCGACUGCUGGUAAGAACAAGCAGUUCCAGUUCACGAGCAUCAUGGACGAUGACGACGACGACGAAUAG